AUGUCGAGCACGGAAGAAAAAGAGCGUGCUACGUACCUCUUGGAGGCGCAAGACAAAGCGGCCUCGAUGUUUGAAGAGAUUGAGCGGACUCUUAUCCGCCCUGGCGUCCUGGAAUCCACCAUCAACCAGGAGAUUCUCGAUUUGGGUGCCAAGCGACACGAUGUCCGGACUCAUUGGCAUAAACGGGUGAUUCGAAGUGGUCCGAAUACGCUGAAGCCUUAUGCCGAAGAUCCUCCAGACCGCAUGAUUGAGGAGGACGACAUCAUGUUUGUUGAUCUCGGGCCUGUAUUCGAGAAAUGGGAGGCUGAUUUUGGACGGACCUUUGUCUUGGGCAAUGACCCGGUGAAGCUCAAGCUGCGCGAUUCUUUGGAACCCGUAUGGAACACGACAAAGGCGCAAUUCGAUCAGCGCCCCGACAUGACUGGCGAGGAGCUCUACGCCAUCGUUUGUGAAGAGGCCAAAAAGGCGGGCUACGAGUUUGGAGGUCCACAUUCCGGACAUCUCGUGGGAAAUUUCCCACACGAGCGUAUCCCGAAUGACAAAAUCACCUUUUACAUCACCGAGGGCAACAAAGGGUCCAUGGAGCAGGUGGAUAAGAAUGGAUUGAAGAGGCAUUGGAUUCUCGAAGUGCAUCUGGUGGAUACAUCGCUGCAGAUUGGUGGAUUCAUGGAACAGCUCUUGACGGUGGGAUGA